CAGGAAUCGACGAUGUAGUCUGAUACCAAAAAAGAUGAUAUAGGUUUAGAACUGUGGUUUUGGUUAUAAAACUCGGAAUUUUCCACCAGAAAAAUAUCUUCUCAUCAACGAGCAGACGAAAAUAUUUUAGUGGAUAUUAGAUAUAAACCAAUCGAAAGUCCGGGAGUCGAGAGUACCGAGAGAUGAUGCUUAUUCAAUUGCUAGUGGGUGCUAUUGCAAUUAACUUGUUUGGGUGUGUUGUUUCCACCCCCUCCUUCUUUCAUGAAACGAACCAAAACCAAAUAGUACUUGGUCAAUUGAAUGACGAUAACUUGCCGAAUGACUUUGAAAACCUUACCGAUUACAAAGUAGACGGUCUCUCAUUAUUAUCAUUCCAUAAGGGAUUGGUUGAGAUUCCUUCAAUUACAUUAAAUGAAUAUUCGGUGUCGCAAUUCUUAAAAGAAUAUUUAGAGGACGCUGGAUUGACCGUUGAAUUGCAACAAGUGAACGCAGAUGAAAAACAUGCUAAACCUAGAUACAAUAUUUACGCAUACUUAGGUAAUACCAGGGACACUAAGGUCUUGGUCACUUCCCAUAUUGAUACUGUUCCUCCUUUCGUUCCUUACCAUAUUGAUGGAACAAAAAUUUACGGGAGAGGUUCUUCAGAUGCAAAAGGGUCAGUUGCAGCUCAAGUGUUUGCCUUUUUAUCUUUGAUUAGAGCUGGAAAAUUGAGAGAAGGUGAUGCUUCUUUAUUAUUCGUUACUGGUGAAGAAACUGGAAGCGCAGGUAUGGAUAAGGCUCAAUUAUUAAAUGUAAAUUGGACUUCUGCCAUUUUUGGUGAACCAACUGAAAAUAAACUAGGUGUUGGCCAUAAAGGUGUUUAUGGGUUUAACUUGUUUGCCCAUGGUAAAGCUUCCCAUAGUGGUUACCCCCAUUUAGGGAUUUCUGCCUCUGAAAUCUUACUACCAAUUUUAUCCAAAAUCCAAAAUUUAGAUUUACCUGUGAAUGACUUAUUAGGACCUUCGACCAUUAACAUAGGUGAAGUAAAUAUCGGUGUUGCUAUAAAUGUUCUUCCGGAGAAUGGUACUGCUAGUGUACUAAUCAGAGUUGCCGAUGAUGUUGAUACAAUCGAUCAAGAAGUAUUAAAGGUAAUUGAUAAUGUUGAAAAUUUAACGUACGAAAAAUUUUCUUCAAGUAAUCCAACUUUUUUAGACUACAAAGUCCCUGGAUUUGAAUCUAUAGUGUUAGCAUAUGGUACUGAUGUUCCUCGGUUGAGUGUUCCUGUUCAAAGAAGAUACUUAUACGGUCCAGGAAGUAUUUUAGUAGCUCAUGCUCCUAACGAGUACGUUGAAAAUCAAAGUUUGCUACAAGCUGUCGAGGGCUAUAAAAAGUUGAUUAAAUACGAAUUAAACGUUUAGAAUCGAAUAAUUGUACUCUAUAAUUUCCUAAGAAUACACGAAAUUUCA